CUCUUGUUUCGUAGCCUGGCUAGGGUUUUUGAGAAUGGCCUCCGACUCUGAAUCCUACGAUGGCUCCGAUUCCGACGUUAGCAGAGACUACGGUUCCGAUGAUGGUCAUUAUCACGGUCAUCUUUCUUAUUACAUUAAUGAUGAAUAUCAGGACUAUGAGGAAACUGAUUCCUAUCAGUCUGAGGAGGACAUAGAAGAGGUCUACCUUGAGUUUGAUGGUGCUUCGAGAGGAAAUCCUGGAAGAGCUGGGGCAGGAGCAGUGCUUAAGUUUGAAGAUGGAGCUGUGAUUACUCGAGUACGGGAAGGUUUAGGCAUAGGUACGAACAAUGAUGCUGAAUACAGAGCACUAAUCAGAGGAUUGAAGACUGCUCUUGAGAUGGGCUAUGACGUGAUCCAUGUGAAGGGGGACUCGAAACUUGUCUGUAAGCAGGUCUACCUUGAGUUUGAUGGUGCUUCGAGAGGAAAUCCUGGACCAGCUGGGGCAGGAGCAGUGCUUAAGUCUGAAGAUGGAGCUGUGAUUACUCGAGUACGGGAAGGUUUAGGCAGAGUUACGAACAAUGAUGCUGAAUACAGAGCACUAAUCAGAGGAUUGAAGACUGCUCUUAAUAUGGGCUAUGACGUGAUCCAUGUGAAGGGGGACUCGAAACUUGUCUGUAAGCAGGUAAGAGGUGAGUGGUGCGUUAGAAGCGAUAAAUUGGCUAGGUAUUGUGACGAGGCAUUGGAACUCAUUGAUCAAUUCAAAGAAUUCAACAUAGAAUAUUUUCCAAGGGAUCAAAAUACCGAUGCUGAUAGGGAAGCUAACCGAGCUGCUGACCUUCCUGAGGGUCGAAUCUACUGGGAGUAUAACUGGCACUACUGAAGAUUUUAGUAGUUCAAAUGCUCUCCUUAUUGCUAAUUAGUAUAGAUCUUAAUUUGUAAAUAACUGGUGUCUAGUUUGAAUUGUGUGAACUCCUUACUGCUAAUUAGUUUAGAUCUUUGUAAAUAACUGAUGUCUAGUUUGGAUUGUGUGAACUGUUUACUACUGCUAAUCUAAAGGAGUUUUGUGGUUUUUAUUUUGCGGAGAUCUGCAUUGAUUUUUUUUCUUCCUUUUUCGCCAACAGAGAGAUGUUUGAGGAGUUAUUUGAAAGUUUUGUGAUACAUGAAUGUUUCUGCUUGUGAUAUGGUAGUGGUAGAAGUUGCUU